CACUGAUCUUAUCAACACUGCCGCUAUGAUUGGGUCAAUGGUUGCUUCAAAGCUGAUGGCUCCGCGUAUAUGGUACUUCCCAUCUAACUUUGUUGAUGAGGUCCUCAACGAUGCUCAUAUGGAUCGGUUGGAGGCUGCAUACACACUAUCUUGGAUGCCAGAAAUGAAUGAUCUCCACUAUGAGCCAGCAGACGUGUGGUAUUUGAUGAUUCUUGAUGCUAAGGAAGUAAGGGUGUAUGCCUUUGACGGGAACAAAACCCCCAAAAGCAUUAUUAGAAGAGAGGCCAACAUGACUCGCAUUGUGAAUAUAGUUUGUCGCGCUUUAGGGAAGUUGGUCAUGUUGAAUUGGAAUCUGCUCAACCUUAGGCAUGGCACCCCAAAUCUGGCAAAUUAGGGCAAGUUCCACUGCCCAGCUGGUCUGCCGAUGAAUGUCGACAGGUAUGUUGAAUAUCCCAUUGCACAUCCUCUCACACCCAUAGUUUUGUUGUUCAAUACUUACAUGUUGUAUUAUUGUUUGACAUUUUGUUGCUGCAAACUGUUAAAUUCGAAUCCUUGCCAAUGAAUUAUUCUGUUAUCUGUUGUUUGAUAUUCUGGUUGCAAGGUGGACACUGCGGUUUGGUGCCUUUAUUGGCUCCUCUACAAAGGUGGAAUCAGUCCGAAGAUCUUCAAUUCGAUGGCCAAUGCCGAAACGGUUAGGAUGAAGUCACUGUCAAGAUAAUUCAGUUUGUUGGGAACGAGGAAGGAGGAUUGGUGGAUGUUUGGUCGCAACUGAACUGGUUGGAUGUCAUAUCUUUCAACUACUGCUACCAUAUAUCCAGUUGUUGUCAUUUAUAUUAUUUUGGGAAAAAUUUCGAUUAAGUAUAUAUGCCGCUGUUUAUUUUGGUAGUUUGAGUAAAAGCUGAUGACACCAACUUGUUGCUCCUUGUGCCUCUAGACUAAAGGCCCCUAUGAACCACCUUAUUAAUUUUGUUUGGUGAGGUUUAAUACAAGCUAGAACCUCAUAGUCCUGUUUAUGUCAAUAGUAUCAUGGAAGACACUUCAUGUGUCAAGUAUAAAGUUUAUUAAGUUGUACCUAGAAAAUCAACUGCUCCUACAGCAACUAAACCAAGUCUGCCCAUGCCCUGGGUGAUUGGCCUUAUUUUAGUUGUGUGAGGCUGAAUCUCCAUGUACAGUUUUCAUAUGUGAAAAACUUAUGAAAUGUUGCUUGGUAUUACGUAUUUCAA